GUCCCGGCCCCAGCGCGCAGGCUCUGACGCCGGGGGCGGAGGGCCGCAGUCACGUGAGCCGGGCGCCUAUGCGCUUCCGGGUGAGCGCCGUACGCGGGGAGAGCGCUCCGCGGCGGGGAGCGGGCCAGGCCGCGGCCUGCACCCUUCUGCUUUCGUCCGUCUCUCGCCAGAGCCAAUACAGUCAGGAGCAUCGUCUGGCUUGGACUUGUAUGUCAGCAGAAUGGUUUAUUGUGUUUCGUUAUUGGAGAUUCCUUAUUGCUGGUGAUGGGUGAGCCUGAGAAAACACAGCUUGACUUGCACUUCAUAGGCUCCUUUUCAGCCCACUGUCCUGAAGACAAGAGGUUCUGGCUGAUCAGGAGUCUCUACUAGCAGUUCAAGUUGGCUGGAGAAUGGAAGGUGUUGAGUUUAAGGAAGAAUGGCAAGAUGAAGAUUUCCCAAGGCCCCUUCCAGAGGAUGAUCCUGUUGAGUCAGAUAUAUUGGCUGCAGCUGGAACAGAAAGUGAAGCUGAGGUUAAAGGAACCAAAGUGAGAAAGAAGCUAAUGGCUCCAGAUAUUAGCUUAAAUUUGGAUCACAGUGAAAAAUCUAUUUUGUCUGAUGAAAGUGAAGAGAUUGAUUUGGAUGAUAUAGAUACUCCUUCAGAGAAUAGCAAUGAGUUUGAAUGGGAAGAUGAUCUUCCAAAACCGAAAACUACUGAUGUUGUUAGGAAAGGAUCACUUACUGAAUACACUCCAGAAGAGGAGAAAGAUGAUGGUCGACGCUGGCGUAUGUUUAGGAUCGGAGAACAGGACCAUAGGGUGGACAUGAAGGCAAUUGAACCAUACAAAAAAGUUAUUAGUCAUGGGGGUUAUUAUGGUGAUGGGUUAAAUGCCAUUGUCGUGUUUGCUGUUUGCUUUAUGCCUGAAAGCAGCCAGCCUAACUACAGAUACCUAAUGGACAAUCUAUUUAAGUAUGUAAUUGGCACUUUAGAGCUGUUAGUAGCAGAGAACUAUAUGAUAGUUUACCUGAAUGGUGCAACAACACGGAGAAAAAUGCCAAGUUUAGGCUGGCUCAGGAAAUGUUAUCAGCAAAUUGAUAGACGGUUAAGAAAAAACCUGAAAUCGUUAAUUAUAGUUCAUCCUUCUUGGUUCAUCAGAACACUUCUGGCCAUCACAAAACCUUUUAUUAGCUCAAAAUUCAGCCAAAAAAUUAGAUACGUCUUUACCCUGGCAGAACUAGCUGAACUCAUCCCCAUGGAAUACGUUGGCAUCCCAGAAUGCAUAAAACAGUAUGAAGAAGAAAAGUUUAGAAAGAAACAGAAAAGAGUUGACCAAGAGCUGAAUGGAAAACAAGAGCAGAAAAGUGAUCAGUAAGUUUGGAGUGAAAACAAGACUGAAGAAUAUGCAGAUGGAAUGCUGGUGGUUUUGCUCCAUUUACAAUGCAUUCUCUGUGUGCGUGUAUCAUAUAAUGUCUUGCAAAAGGUGCUUAACUUCUCUGGACUAGCAGGCAGUGGACUGCUUACUGCUGUAUUGGUUUGUCUUGACUUCAAUAGCAAUGUUCAUGUAAUCAUUUUAUACUGCUAAAUGUCAACCCCGCCCUGUUUCCAGAGGAUGUCCUUGCAGUUGUUUAUCUGUAUGAUGCAUGUUCUUCAGUGAAAUAUUUAUAUACCUAAAUGUUAAAGGAAAGAGAUAAUAUAUAUUUUUAUGACUGAGCAAUAUAUUGUGUACCUGCUGAAGGAAUUCAUUUGCAGGUAGACAAGGCCAUAAGUUACUUGUAUAAAUGUGUUACGCUGUAGAUGGUCAAGUGCAUUUCUUUUGUCACAGAAACCUUAAUUUGUUCGGAUAUUAACAACCACAUACAAUGUAGUCUUUCACAAGUGUGGAGAUCCUUAUUUCUUUUGUUCACUUAAUACAAGCCGUACUCAUUUACCUCACUAGAGUGAGUAAUAAGGUCAGAGCUGGAGCUUUGAUAUCUUUUAGUCCAUUUUUCUGAAUGCAAAACUGCAGUUCUGUGAACUUCAGUCUACUGGUCAAAGGGUUUGUGCCUAAGCCAUAACAGAAGCUGAACUCUGAAUGACUAGUAAGAUAUCCAACUUUUCUCAAUCUCAGUUGUGAAUUUAGAUUUUGCUUCAGUGAUUCAAGGCUGUCUCAACUGACAGUAGGAGUUAAAUAAUUGCAGCUCUUGGGGGAUGAGUAUCAUUUGCCACCAGUAUGAGCUCUGGUCAUACUCGGAGCUUGGGAGUCACACAGGCGCUCUAGCUGUGAUAUCAAUUGUUUGCAGAGGUAUGGUGAGUCUUGCACUACCUGUGUCAUCCUUGUAGAUGAAACCUCCAUUUCCAAAACUUAGUUUAGCAUGUAUCACCACUAAUUUCACUUAAAAAAGGAGUGGGUGUUUUUUCCUCCACUAAAUGGUAGCAAUCUUGCCUGUAAGAGGGGUUCUUGGAUGCAUAACUAGUGUCGACAGAUUUAUCAGGGCAACAAAUAAUGCACUGGUUGAUGUGUUGUAAAAAUUUGUGGUAUCUUCUGAUAGUCCUUGCAAUUUCCCUGUAAGGACAGGUGCAUGCAAAAGCAUUCAGGAGUUGAGCAAUAUAAUAUUGUAGCAAAUAUAGUAAGUCUUUCUUUUUUUUACUGUGCUCAUGAUUUUGUCCUAAUGCCAAAAAUAGCACUUCACAAUUACACUAGAAGUUAGUGUGUAAGACAGUUCUCUUAGUUAAAAAAAACCAAAGCAGUUGUGUUCAAUCAUAUUACUAAUGGGCACUGAUAAAUAGCAGCUGAGGUAGUUAUAUGGUCAAGGCUUAUUACCAAUUAAUAGUCUACUACUGUGUCUGAUGAUACAUGUAUAGACUCUGAGAGCAUAUUUGAGUCAGAUGAGGGCAAAUUGCCCCUAUCUCAGAGUUUGAGUCUGCAAUUCAGAGACUUUAAUCUCAAGAUCUAUGUACUUGUGUUUAUAGUAGCUUCUGCAUCACAAUUUCAGAGAUUAAUAUGCAGGGUGUUCUCUUUCAGUAGGCAGUGCUAAUUUCAAGUUGCCUUGCAUUGAUUUCAUCAGGUUUAGAUCUUGCUCUGAAAGCAGAACACAAAUGUGAAUGGUUUCUUUGAGGGUGUCUUAUGUCUUGCUUCAAUUUCAGUGUUGAACCAGAUUAAUGUAAAGUUUCAGUCAGUGAAUUGGGCACUCGGUUUGCUUCUGAUACUUGCCAGUGUAAUGUGUAUGCAAACUUUCCUGAUUUUUACCAAUUUUCUGUGGGUUCUAAGCUAGAUGCUAAGUGCUGUGAUCAUCUCAUUUCUAUUUUUUCCUAAUUAAGGUAUUCUUGUCAGUAAAACCAUAUUUUUUAGUGGAAGGAUUGUAGUUCUGCAUGUCCUGUUGCUUCCUAUGUGUAUGGAGCAAUGCAGAGUAACUAGUCCCCUGCAUAGGCUGUUGUAUCUACUGAUGAGAUAGGUACUGUUUCUUUUCUGGUGGCCAAGUGGUUCUGUAGUUUCAUGCUGCAGCAGUGCUCUCUUUUGGGAAUGUGCAUGUGUUUCCUGAGUGGUUUAUUUCUCCAACGUAAGUUGUUGUGAAUGAAUGUGCAGUACAACAGUUCCGCCUUUAAAGAUCUACAGCUUGAGAAAGGUGUACUAAAGAAGUGUUCCACUCUGACCUUUUGUAGCUCAUCAUCUAAUGGUGAGGUGGAUGCUUACAAAAAGCAAAGAGGUCCCAACGUUGUCUUGAAUACAAAUGGGUAUCUUUUUGUCAAACUCAUCUCUUCUGAAAUCUGUAAAAAUAAAAAGAUAUUUUAAUAUUUAAAACCAUGAGUAGUGGGAAUGUCAUACUUUUAUUGAAGUUACUUUAAAACCUGAAUUACUUUGUGAUAAGCCACAGCACUGCAGGGCAUUCAUCAUUCAAUGGCACUUCCUUUUAACAGUACAACUCAUGUUGCUAGAACGCAGUUCGAGCCCUGUCAGAAAAGAAUUUAAUGAGUCACUAAUUUAUCUUUGAUUUGGAUAUUUCAGUAGUUAUAUAUAUGUUAACAACUGAAAGAGAUGUUUUGGGACCAGUGGCCUUUCUCUGUGUGGAUGUGACAUUUUGUAAAUCCAUUUCUACAAGAUAAGUGUUCAGAAGUGACAAAGUGUUUGGAGAAAGUGUCAUUACAACCUAAAAUGACCAGAUUACUUGGAUGUUGUGAGUAGAAUGGCAAAGCCAUGUUGUGUUGGAAAGCAGUGGAAAUGGGUACAUAGGAAUUUAGUGCCUAGUAAGAUGGAAGGCUUGGAGGAUCUGGGAUGUUAAAAUGGAGAGAUUUUUUGUUUCAAAAAGUCUAGUUUGAACAGUAUGUAACCUUGUUCGUAACAAGCAGCUUAGUGUAGAGUGUUUUUCCUUAAUUUUGAGUGAACAGGGGAAGAACAGGACUCCUUGCUGUCAGAAACUUGGACCUCAGAAACAGUAGUUAAAUUCUAAAUUGCACUCUGCAUAGCCUGUAUUUGUUUGCAUGUUUCAGCAAGUUUGUUGCAUCAUAGCUUAAGCGCUCUGAUGACAUCUUGUGACCUUUCACCAGUUAGUUUGUGUCAGACUUCAAGAUUAGAUUACAUAGUGGUAAUGAACUCUAUGAAAUUACCUUGAAGUGUGUCAUAGGGAGGAGAAGGUGGCAUUGGUCCUAGUCAUAUGUCACCUUCACUGAUGCCUUCUACUGAAAUGUUGUUGGUUAACAAAGUAAUGGAACUACAUUGCAAAUAGGCACUUUCAAAACAAAAUCUGUCACGAGAAAUUAGUUUCUUGGUGAGAAGUGGUUUUCUUCUAGUGUCAAGUUUUUGUCUGUGUAUCCCACAGAUUUAUACAGUAUUUAUUACAAAGAAGGAUGACUUAAAUGCAUCUCUUUAAAAAGCUGUUGUCUUUGGAGAUGUAUUUAAUUCUCAAGUCAUUCCGGUUUCCCUCACUGAAGUCUCAUACACAGAGCAGAGGGAUAAAGCUUGCAUGCUUUUUGUAAACACAAGUCUUACAAAGCUUGCGUUGGGAACUCUUAUUCAGUCCUUGUGGAUGCAGGUCAUUCUCUAGAGGAUUCGUGUCAUGGGUUGUUUGAGAUGCUUGAAAUAAAUGCUUUAAUGACACCUUUAAAAGAUACUUGGGUUUAGUCAGAGUAGCACUCUAAAAUACAAAGAAUGGUUAAAUAUUCCUAUUCUGAAAGAUAGAUUUUUGUAGUUUCCUAACUUCAGAGCUCUGAACUGAACUACAUUGUUUCCCUUAUCACAUUGUUUUUUUCUCCUGUGUUGAGCUAACAAGAAAAAAAAGGGCAUUUGUGGCACAAAGAGGGUGCAGUCAUGUUACAGUUUUUCAUUAUUCCCUACAGACAUGACUAAAAUGGGUGAAAUUAAAACCAUUCUUUGUUCAAAUCUCUCUUGUUUUGACAUUUUCACUGCCUGGAUGACUCUGAUGUGAACACACGGAGUUCUGGGGUUUUUGUUUGUAGGUUGUUCAGUUUAAUGUGGUUUUGUGGUUUUUUUGGUGAUGUUUUCUGUUGAUUUUGUGGUUUUGUUUUGGGUGUGGGUUUUUGUUUGUUUAGGUGUUCUGAUUUUUCUCAUUAGUGUUUUUUUUUUUUUAACAUUAAACAUGAUCUGGGGAGAAGCUGCUGGAUUCAAAAAGUCAAGUCUUGGUUAACAUGCUCCUUAACUCUAGCUUGCUCAGCUGCUAGUUAAUAUUAUGGCAUGGAAUUCCAGAUUAAUAGUUACAAAAAAUAUUAUUGAAAGACAGAUGCAUACUUUCCCAGUGACUGCAGUUCUGCAGUGUUUCCUGCUUGGUCAUCUGAACAAAGCCUUUUUAUCGGAAGAAAACGGUAGAUACAAGGAUUAAGACAUUGUAGUUAUCAAUAGAGGUUCAGGGAUGUUAAAGUGGAGAACUUUUGGUUCUAAAAAGCGUACAAGUAGUUAGGAUAAUGUGUAACCUCAUUCCUAACAAUGCAGGCUGGCAUUUUGUGUGAUACAGGAAAUGUGCUUUGUUUAACAAAAUGGAGCUGCAGUAGUCAUGCAGAAAUAUAGGUUGUGAAUCGUCUAAGAUAUAACUGGCUUUAAAUGGCUAUUAAUAUUUUUCACUGUUGUGGCUGUUUCCUGUUGUCCCUUUAAAGCUAUGCUAAGUUCAAGGCUCCACACCUACCUCUUAAGAAUGCUAUGAUCCUUUCUUUUUAAAUGAGCUUGUUUCCUGUUUGCUCCAAAGAGUCAUGGAGUAAUAUGAUAAAUGUAUUUCUCAAUGUCCUAGCUAUUAAUACUUAUGGGAAACAUUUUAACUGGGGGGAAGAAAUAAAUGUUGUAUGCAAUAAUUACCUUUGGAAAA